ACAUAAGAACGGAUUUGGGCUGUUGGGAAUUUUUUGUUUGUUUUAAAUGCCAUAAAAACAAUCAAAGCAAAAAAACCACCCCAUAUUUCAAUUCUGAUGCAUAAAUAUCACCCAGGACUCCAAGGUCCCACAUUACUGUGGUGUUUUUGAUUAAAUUAUACAUUACACAUAAAGCAUUUUUGAAAAAAAUAGCAUUUUCAGAUAAGACUGCUUACAUUUAAACUAUUGUGGUUUUGUUCCAUUUUUGCAUUUUCCAUUUGAAAUGACACAAAUUAAUUAGUUAAAUAGCUCAUGACAUCCCAAGAUGAUAAAAUAUGCCAAAAUAUUUAACCUACAGUUUCUUUUAAACAACAGACAAAUUAUUCAUUCCUGAAAACAAUCCAUAUACAUGAAUUAGUGCCUUAUUUUAAAGAGAAGCAUGAGAUCAAUUUUACUGGUUUUGGGCAGUUAAAAACAGGUUUUGGGUUUGGUUUGGCAUUUCCAUUUUUAGUUAAACAAAGUUCCUUGCGUCAUACAAAUACACUCACAUGUUCACACAUAUACACACACAAACAUCAACUACAGUAAAAAAGAGAUUAAAAUACAUAUGUAACAGUAAAAAAAAUAUUAAAAUACCUGAUCAUCAGCAAACUUAAGAAAUGCUGCCAUGGAGUCAUCACCAGGAGAAACUAUUAAUAUCAGUGCUUGGAGGGCCCAGGUUAUGAAUGAUAAAUUCCUGCACCACUGGUAUUAUCUGGAAAAAAAAUAAUUAAAGUAUCAUAUUUUCAUGUAACAUGUUACUCUAAAUAUCUGAUAUAAAUUUCAAGGACAAUAUUCCUGCAUAUACAAUAGAUAUCAGUACAGUCCCAGAGGAAUCAAUGAUGUAGCAUUUGUAAAUCUAGGCAAAAGCAAUGCCCCAAGUGCUGACAUUGGAAGUCCUAUACAAAUGUUCUUUAAUCUCAUUUCUGUCACCACAUCUAGACAGAAUAAUGGGCUGGAUUAUUUUCUGCACUUACUCCAUCUGUAUUUCGGGGAAGAUUUAAAUUUUCCAGUGUCACAGUGCAACAUCCUUCAGAGGUGUUAAGAUCUUGGCUUAGAAAGCUACUGCGUGCAGCAGUCUUGAAGACAGUGAUGUUUAAACAUCUACUGAAUUUAACUGGACUCUGUACCAAAACAAGAGACAGUUUAUCAAAUGACAGCUUAAUGCUUUGAUACUGUAAACCCUUACAGAUAUACACCUUUAAAAUAUUAUCAUCCAGCAUCUAGCUAUGCUGUAUAAUAUUUUAAAAUAGAAAUGAGUACUUAUAAUAUUAUAAAACAACCACCUCCUCUUUAAAGAAAUGCAACACUAUUUGCAAAGACAAUCCUAUAAUAUUAUAAAACAACCACCUCCUCUUUAAAGAAAUGCAACACUAUUUGCAAAGACAAUCCUAAGAAUUAAUCUCUGAACAUGAAAUUCAAGAAACACUGAAGGAUUCAAACAGCAAUGUCAAUUCAACCCCUUUGCUUGCAAGCAGGAUAGUAUUUUUUAAAACUUUAUAUGCAAAGUUUCUGUAACUGCAAGAGUUUUAAACCUGCAGUUUCUGACAUUUCAACUGUAAAAUCUGCAAUUACCAUAGGUGCUUUCAGUUAAAAAAUAUAUAAUGUCACCAAGGACACAGACUGUGACACAAGAAGAAAUUCCAGAAGCUCAAUUUCCCUUGGCUGUCCUGCCCAUAAACUCACCUGUGUAGGAAGGGACUAAGGCUCUGUUAGGCCUUCCCCUGCCCUCCAGGUGUCACCAAUUAGCAAAGCCCUUAAAAGUGGGAGCAGGAGGGGAGGCUCCGCCUUUCACUGACUGCAGGCUUCCUAAAUGGAGACUCUGCUGCAAGAGCUCAGCUCAGCUUCCAAGCUCUUAACUGACUUUAAGGAGAUGUAUGAAUAUGAGACCCGUUUAAAAACUUUCACCAAGUGGCCCUUCCAGGAAAACUGCAAGUGCACUCCAGAGAAUAUGGCAAAGGCUGGCUUCAUCCACUGUCCAACUGCAAAUGAACCAGAUGUGGCAAAAUGUUUCUUUUGCUUGUUAGAACUGGUGGGCUGGGAACCAAAUGAUGACCCAUGGGAGGAACACAGAAAACGUCACACCUGUGACUUUUUAUCCCUUCCCAAGCACUUUGAUGAGCUGACAAUGGAGGAGUACUACAUGCUGGAGAUGACACGGCUGAGGACCUUCAUUUGCAAAGUUGGCAGCCGCACCAUAAACUCUUUUCAAGAAGAGGUCGCAGCGACGAGGCAGAGGCUGGUGAAUUACUUUGGCUCCAGACCCUCGCUCCCGGCACCGCCGCCUCUCGGGGAGGAGCCUUCAGCCCAGCAGCCAGGAGGCUCCGCUGCCGGCCAAAAGGAGCCCAGGACAAGUGAGCUGUGACUCUGGCUCUAAAGUGACUCUUAAUUUCCUCUCUUUGUCUGAGUGCGAAGCCAAAGCUGAGCAGGUGUGUGAGGAAGUGUAUGUAGAGAACUGCUCCUGGAUGGGAGGAGUGAGUGCAGACAGGUAUGGCCUGUCUCUCUCAGUGUGCUUUCUUGGUAUGGCUGGGACGGGAGCUAAGAGUAGUUCCACUACCCUGACAGUGUAUGGAAAAUGUCUAAGCAAAUACUUCUAUUCUGGUUUUUAGCAAGCUGACUUUUUGUUUUGAAUAAAGAUUCACAACUGUGAGUACUUUCUGUGAUCUGUGUUAGAACCUUAUACCCAGACUCAAAUCACAACAGUUCUGCUUCAAAACACUUUCCAGGGAACUAAAGGGAUCUGUGUGUCUGCAACACUUGCUUAAGCACCUGCA